AAUAACAUUUCCCGGGUAAUGUAAGAAUAUAGUAAAAACGUUGACAGUGGUACAAUGUUUGUUAAUUAAAACUAUACAUACAACAAUAUUGUAAUAGUGUAACUGGAAAAUAUUAAAAAUAAUAUAUUCAGUGUUGUAUUAUAAAUGGCCCUAUUAUUCACAAGCAUGUGGGAUUGUACAAUGCUUUUGAGCACCUUAACCCCAAAAUUUUAUGUUGCUCUCACUGGAACAUCAUCCUUAAUUUCUGGAUUAAUUCUGAUUUUUGAAUGGUGGUAUUUUAGAAAAUAUGGCACAUCUUUUAUCGAACAAGUAUCUUUAAAUCACAUUUCACCAUGGAUUGGUGGAGGAGACAGUGCAUCAGAUGGAAAUAAUACAAGCCUAAAUGGUUCAAAUUCGAAUCAACAAAAUGUUCCAGAAUGUAAAGUUUGGCGUAAUCCAAUAAAUUUAUUUCGGGGGGCUGAAUAUCAAAGGUUUUAUUGGGCUACCAAUAAAGAACCAUUAACUUACUAUGAUAUGAAUUUAUCUGCUCAAGAUCAUCAAACAUUUUUCACUUGUGAAGGUGAUACAGGUAAAUCUGAGUAUGAAAUUAUGCAAACUGCUUGGAGAGAACGUAAUCCGGUAGUUCGAAUAAAAGCUGCACAUAGUGCUCUUGAACGUAAUCCUGAUUGUGCACCUGCAUACAUUUUACUUGCUGAAGAAGAGGCUACUACUAUUGUAGAAGCAGAGAAAAUUUUAAAACAAGCUUUAAAAGUAGCAGAAAACAAUUAUAGAAAAUCUCAAAGUACACAACAUCAAGGAGCCAUUGCAGAGGCUAUACACAGAAGAGAUACAAAUGUAUUAAUAUAUGUUAAGCGAAGGUUAGCUAUGUGUGCAAGAAAAUUAGGGAAAUUAAAAGAAGCAGUAAAAAUGUUUAGGGAUCUGACAAAAGAAGUUCCACCAAUUAUGAAUGUACUAAACAUUCAUGAAAAUUUAAUUGAAGCUUUGUUAGAAAUGCAAGCAUAUACAGAUGUUCAAACAGUAUUAGCAAAAUAUGAUGAUAUUAGUUUACCAAAAUCAGCAACUAUUUGUUAUACAGCUGCACUAUUGAAAGCAAGAGUAGUUGCUGACAAAUUUUCAACAGAUAUUGCUAGUAAAAGAGGUUUAACUACUCCAGAAAUGAUAGCAGUUGAGGCUAUUCAUAGAGCAGUUGAAUUUAAUCCUCAUGUACCCAAAUACUUAUUAGAGAUGAAACCUUUAAUUUUACCUCCAGAACAUGUAUUAAAAAGAGGGGAUUCGGAAGCAAUUGCUUAUGCAUUUUUUCAUCUUGCUCAUUGGAAACAAAUGGAAGGUGCUCUUAAUUUAUUACAUUGUACAUGGGAAGGUACCUUUAGAAUGUUACCUUACCCUUUAGAAAGAGGACAUUUAUUUUAUCCAUAUCCAACUUGUACAGAAUGUGCAGAUCGUGAAUUGUUACCUUCAUUUCACGAUGUUAGUGUUUAUCCUAAAAAAGAAUUACCAUUUUUUAUUUUAUUUACAGCCGGUUUAUGCUCCUUUACAGCGUUAUUAGCACUUUUAACACACCAGUAUCCCGAUACUAUGGGUGUAGUAGCACGAUCGAUGCUUGCCUGGUUUUCUCAUCCAUUUUAUUAUAUUUUAGACAAAUUAGAAGCAAUUGUACCUUCUAAUUUAUUACAACAACUUUCUAGAAUAUAA